CGGCUCUAAACAAGCCUGGGAGUAAACUCACUUUUUUAAAAGACGAGGCAGCGUCGGCGGCCGCUGCUGCUGCUUCAGAUCGCAGGGGAGAGGAGGAGGCGGAGCCGAGGAGGCGACUCCAGUCGCUAGUUCUCGCCGCCGGUUCCCUAGAACCUCUUCUUCGCUUCUAUCAGCUGGCAGUCCAGAUCUAACUGGCACAAAACCCUAUCCAAACAUUUUUUUUUUCAAAAAACUUGUUUAUAUUCUUUAAGCCGGCAUUUGUUCGAGCAUAAUGAUCUCAGAUUUUGAUGAUCUGAACCGAAGAUGAUAGUUUUGAGGGAAAAUGGAAUCUUUGUAGUUCGACAGCCUUGAUCUGUUGCCUCUCUCGCAGGAUACUUCAACUUGAGCUGAGAGUGAAUCAUGAUAGGGCAAUAUAUUAUUGUUUGUUCGGCGACCACUUGUUUUUAUAUGCAUAUAUACAUUUGUGGCUUGUUGCAAUUGGUGUAGGAGUUAGAGGCCAGGAAUGGGGUCAGUUAGCGGAGAGGAGCUGGCUCGGUGGGAGAAGAUGGAGGCUACUGCUGGAGAAAGAGGUGGUGAGAAGGUGGAGAGGAUUUUUGUUUCAGUGCGAUUGAGGCCUCUGAGCAAGAAGGAGGUGGCGAUGAAUGAUCCUUGUGAUUGGGAGUGCAUCAAUGACACAACAAUUAUAUUCAGGAACAAUCUAUCUGAGCGGUCAAUUAGUCCCACAGCUUACACAUUUGACAGAGUAUUUCGAAGUGCUUGCACCACCAAACAAGUGUAUGAGGAAGGGGCUAAAGAAGUUGCUCUUUCUGUAGUUAGUGGGAUUAAUGCUACUAUUUUUGCUUAUGGUCAAACAAGCAGUGGAAAAACAUACACAAUGACUGGCAUAACUGAAUGCACUGCACUAGAUAUAUAUGAAUAUAUACAUAAGCAUAAUGAGAGAGCAUUUGUGCUGAAGUUUUCAGCUAUAGAGAUUUACAAUGAGGCUGUUAAAGAUCUACUAAGUACAGAUUCUUAUCCCCUUAGGCUUUUAGAUGAUCCAGAGAAAGGAACAGUAAUUGAGAAACUUACAGAGGAAAUAUUAAAGGACUGGAACCACCUUAAAGCACUAAUUUCUGUGUGUGAAGCUCAGAGAAAGAUAGGAGAAACCUCUCUAAAUGAAACAAGCUCCAGAUCUCAUCAAAUUCUCCGACUGACUAUUGAAAGUUGUGCACAGGAGUUUUUGGGAAAACACAACUCGGCCAUGCUUGUAGCUAGUGUGAAUUUUGUUGAUCUAGCUGGAAGUGAACGUGCAUCUCAGGCACUAUCAGUUGGUACCAGGCUUAAAGAGGGUUGCCACAUAAAUCGAAGCUUGCUGACACUUGGAUCUGUUAUCCGCAAAUUGAGUAAGGGAAGAAAUGGGCACAUUCCAUAUCGAGAUUCAAAGCUCACACGGAUAUUGCAACCAUCAUUGGGGGGUAAUUCAAGAACUGCCAUUAUUUGCACAAUGAGUCCUGCAAGAAGCCAUAUUGAGCAAUCCAGAAACACUCUUUUUUUUGCUAGUUGUGCGAAAGAGGUUGCUACCAGUGCACAAGUGAAUAUAGUUAUGUCAGAUAAGGCAUUAGUUAAACAUUUGCAAAAAGAACUUGCAAGAUUGGAGAGUGAAAUGAAAUAUUCAGGAAUAGCUCCAAGCGUUGAAACAUUGCUGAGGGAGAAGGAUCUUCAUAUUAAAAAGCUGGAGUGUGAGAUAAAGAAAUUGAUCCAGCAACGCGAUAUAGCCCAGUUUCGCAUGGCAGAUUUGCUGCAAAUUAUCCAAAAGGAUCCUUCAAAAAUAUGGGAGUCAAGCCAAACCCCAGCAGUCAAUGAAACAUAUGCGUGUGAUGAUUUAAUUUCAGCAUCUGAGCUUUCUGAUAAUCUCAGUAUUGAUUCUGCCUCGUUGAAAUGUGUAAAUUCACAAAAUCAGUAUAACCAAACAGGAACCCAUGUAACAUCAUCACUAAGACACACAGUUAAAAAUCUUGACUUCAUUGAGUCACCCAAGAGUCAAGGUGAUGAAGAAUUUGAGGAACUUUGUCAGGAUGUCCACUGCAUUGAAGUGAAUGGUGAACUUGUGCACCAAGAAUCAGAGUCCAUGUUGGCAGAAGGAAGCAACAGUCUCCAACGAAUUAAUAUCAGAACUCCUGAGCAUGAAGAUUUUAAUCAUAAGCCUGAAGGACAACUAGAUCAGGGAUUAACAAAUGAUGAUCCUGUCACAUUAGAGCAGCAUCUUCAGAAUGUAAAGAAGACACUUAUCAACCUUGUGAAAGCAUAUCCAGAUGGAUCCUCUCCGUGUUCAACAUGGCAAGAACAAAGCUUUAGAGGUGUUCCAUUAAGUAGAAGUAAAAGUUGUAGAUCAACAUUGAUGAGCUCUUCAAUUUGGCUCCAAGAAGCUAAUACACCACCUGAUAUAUCUCUGAAAGAAUUCCCUGGAAGACCUCAGGGAUUACAAAAGAAAUGGCUUGCGUUGGACGUUGGAGAUAAUACCAAAAACCUGUCAGCAACAGUUUCUCAAAUUUCCAUAGAUACAGCACGUUUUAGUUCACAGAAACUGAACUCAGAAGAUGCUUCCAGUGUCAAGGCAGACAGAUUGGUGGUUGGCCAUGCACAAGUCAAUGAGAUGAAUGAAGUUUAUUUUCGAAAAGAUUUCAAUGAUCAGAAAACUAAAAGGAAUGAGGUUCAAGAUUUUGGAGCUGAGGACACCGGCAAGGUUCUCAAUUUGGCACCGUCUUUAGAUUCAUUGCAAUGCCCUUCUGAAUGGCCCAGGGAAUUUGAGAAGCACCAGCGAGAGAUAAUUGAGCUUUGGCAUGAGUGUAAUGUGUCCUUAGUUCAUAGGACUUGCUUUUACAUGCUAUUCACAGGUGAUCCAACAGACUCUAUUUACAUGGAAGUGGAAUCAAGGAGAUUAUCCUUUUUAAAGAGCACUCUAUCUCGGAAAAACAUUGAUAAAGCAUCAACAGCUGGUCAAAGUUCCACUUCCCCACCAAGCUUAAGGUUGCUUCGACGCGAAAGAGACAUGCUUUGCAGGCAGAUGCAAAAGAGUUUGUCUACUGCAGAAAGGGACAGCCUCUAUGUCAAAUGGGGAAUUGCAUUAGACUCAAAGCAGAGAAGAAUGCAGCUUGCUUGGCGCCUAUGGUCAGAACCCAAGGACCUCGAACAUGUCAGGGCGAGUGCAUCUGUUGUGGCAAGCUUAAUUGGACUUCUAGACCAAGGGCAUGCCCUCAAAGAAAUGUUUGGCCUUACAUUCUCACCUCAAAAAUCUAAUCGAAGAUUCAACAGUUGGAGAAAUGGGCUGUCUUAUCUAAAGUAAGCAGAAUAAUGUACUCCGGUUGCCAGUUUAGAGUUGAGUAUCUUUUGUUCCCUCCUCAAUAUACCUCAAAUUUUCUUUUUCCUGAUAGAGUUUGUAAUAAUGAUUGAAGUUUGAACAAAAUUUCAAUAUGAAAUGUUCAACUCUUAUAAGCGAA